GCCGAGAUGGACGUGUGCGGCGCGCGGUGAAUCUCUUCACCUCCGGUCAGCGAGGCGCAGAGAGUUCGCCAGCCGUCGAGCCGCGCCCGCCGCUGCAGAGCCGCAUCUCGGGGAUGCUGCGGCGGCACCUGCUGCCCCGCCAGCCGUCCUUCAGUGGUCGGGAGGACGCGGCGAGGGGCCGUCCGCCGCCGCUACUCCGCAGCGCCUCAGAGCUGACCGGGCCGCCCGUGCGCCGGCCGCCGCAGCGCAGCGACUCGCUCUCCAGACACGAUAUCACGCGCAAGUCGAUCCGGCGCAGCAAGUCGUCGGUGGGGGACAGCCAGAGACUGCGACCGACCCCGCCGCCCCGGCCGCCUCUUCUGGGGUCGGCCUUAUCUCCAGCAGCGUCUAACAAGUCAGCUUCGUCGGCAGCAUCCUCGCCGACAUCUACGACCUCACCGACGCCGCCCCGGCCGCCCCCGCGACGCUCCUCGGCGCAGCAGAGCCGGACCGCGGUGACCGCUCAGCCGGAGGCAUCCAAAGGUCGGGCGGCCACCCCGGCGGCCUCCCGGCGAGUACCGGCGGCGCGCAGCUCCGGCGCCGCUCAGACCGCGGUGAACGGCUCCGUGGUCGGGGGCUCGCCGGCUCUGCGCGGCGCCAGCUCGGUCAGCGGCAGGCGGGUGACGGCCAGUGUAUCGACCUCGACGGGACCGACACCCACCGCGCGCACCCGCGCCAUGACGGCCCCCACCGGCCAGCCGGCGGCGCCUGCGGACGCACGCCGGGCGUCCCCACCAGUCGUCGUCAGCACGCCGUCAACCGAUGACCUUCACACGCAAUCUCCGCCGUCAGUGGCGUCAGCUGAUGGCGCGAUUGUGACCCGCGUCAGCACGACACCGGACGAAACGCUCGUUGCACGCAUCACCGUUCGAGCGCCGGACGAGACGCCCCCCUUGACCACGCCAACGGCGACCUCUUGCAGCGUGACGACGCCGGUAGCGGCGGCAGCACGGCCCUCUGCGUCAGGCAGGGAGGCGAGCAACACCGCAGAUACAGCCGGCACCCGAGUAUCGCGCACCCGGGUCACCGUCACCACUCCGGUGGACGGUGACGGCGGGGCAGCCCCGUCUCCGCCGCCCCUGCAGCCGCGUAUGACCGGCGUACCCACCGUGCUGGUCUGCGUGACGCGUGACGAGCGUCACGACCAGCACGACACGGCCUCGGAGACGAGUGACGCGUCCUCCGAGAUCCGCAGCCCGUCGUCACAGCCGACGGAGGAGCGGCGUGCGUCGGCGGCCGGCCCGCGAGCGCGACAGCGCGUCCGGCCGCCGGUGCCGCGUCGGGCGUCGCACCCCGUCACCGACGCCGACGGUGAAAGUGUGCCCGCUCGGUGGGGCGGCGCGGGGGCGUCGUCGCCGCCGUGGACGGUCGACGAGUCGGCGCCGGCGGCGCAGUGCUCUGCGCAGGGUGCCAUGGAGCGGUCGGCGGCGCGGCGGCUGGGUGUGAUCGCCUACCGCGGCCCGGCGGCGGGCCGGGUCAGCGCCAGCAGCUCCGGCGUCAGCACUGGCACCGAGGGCUCGGCUGACGACGCCAGCGCCGGCGCUGACGAGCUGCGCGAGCCCGGCGAGCCGCUCAGUGAGGAGGACGAGCCGGUGGUCCGGCUGCGCCGCUCGCCGGCCGGCUCAGACCUGGAGGACCUCGACCUGGCCCUGUUCGAGACGGACGGGGCGGCAGAGCGGGCGGCCGAGGCCGGGGGCGGCUCCGGCCCGCCGGCGGAGAGGGACGCGGAGAAGCUCAGUGUGCUGAAGCGACUGGUGAGGAAGUCCAAGUCGCUGCACGCCAAGGUGCGGCCGUCGGGCGGUCAGACGGCGGCGGGCGAACACAACAAGUACGGUGUCACGGUGGAACAGGAGCCGGACGCCGCCCACGGACAGCAGACAGACUCAGACCGUCCGGUACGUCUGGGCCACGUGGGCAGUCAGAAGGUGCACCAGGACGGCGUGCCGCUGCUCAGCUGGGAGCCCUACUUCUGUGUCCUGCUGCAGGACGAGCAGACGCUCACCGCCUACCGCAGCGAGGAGAUGGCGAUUUUCCCGGUCACACCGACACGGCCCCGCACCAGGAAGAUCGGCGACUCGUUGUUCCUGGACCUGCCGCGUGUGCGGCUGGACGGCGGCGGCAAGGCGUUCAGGAAGCAGUGGGGCUACGACCUGGCGCCGCCGCCCACCCUGCUCGAGGAGGAGGAGGACGAGGAUGAGGACGGCGAGGAUGACGUCAGCGAGACCCAGUCGCUGCGGGAGGACUUCUUCGGCAGACAGUCGGCGCUAGACUCGUCCUAUGAGAAGGCGGUCGGCCUGGGCCGUGACUCGGCCCCCGGCACGCCCGUGCUCGGCCACAGAGUCACACCCGAGCCCGGAGCGUCGCGAUUCACGAACUUCUUCACAAAGCGGUCUUUCAAAGGCAACCCGCUGAAGCGGACCAAGUCUGUGACCAAAUUAGAGCGCAACCGCAGCAGAAUCGAUUCCGAUGGCCCGGCGCCGUCCCGUCUCCGCUCGUCGCGCUCGCACGAGUCGCUGCUCUCCGGCCACAGUAUGGUGUCCUCCACCGAGCUUGGCGCCGGCGAGGUCACCAUCAAGCCGCUGCACAGCUCCAUCCUGGGCCAGGAGCACUGCAUCCAGAUCAGCUCACCCAGCGGCACCCGCUACUACAGCUGCCGCAGCGCCGACGAGCGAGACAGAUGGAUCCACAGUCUCCGGCGCACCGUGCAGCCGAACCGGGAGAACAUGAGGCGGGUGGACAACUCGCUGCAGAUCUGGCUGCUCGAGGCCAAGACGGUCACCGCCAAGAAGCGCUACUUCUGCGAGCUGUGUCUGGACAACACCCUGUACGCCCGGACGUCCAGCAAGGCCAAGACGGAGCUGUGCUUCUGGGGCGAGCAGUUCGAGUUCAACAACCUGCCGACCGUGGAGAGCAUCCAGGUCAACCUCUACCGAGAGCCCGACAAGAAGAGGAAAAAGGACAAAAAUGUCCUCGUCGGGACCGUGGAUAUUCCAGUCAGCUCGGUGGACUCGAGGUUCUUCGUGGAGAAGUGGUACCCGGUCACUUUGGAGAAAGGCAGCAGCAACAAGCACCCGCCCAGUCUGAGGAUCAAGUGCAGGUUCCAGGCGGUGGACAUCCUGCCGCUGCACGCCUACCAGGAGUUCCUCCAGUACGUCACCUCCCGCUACAGUCCGCUCUGUGAGGUCCUGGAGCCCCUCGUCGGCGUCAAGAGCAAGGAGGACAUUGCCACCGCGCUGGUGCACGUCAUGCAGCGCGAGGGUCUGGCCAAACACCUGCUCUCCGACCUCGUCUGCAUGGACGUCAACCGCAUCGACGACGAGCGGCUGACGUUCCGCGGCAACUCUCUGGCCACCAAGGCCACCGAGGCCUACAUGAAGCUGGUCGGCGACCGCUACCUCAACGACACGCUCGGUGACGCCGUGCGCCGCCUGCUGGAGACCUCCAGCGACCUGGAGGUGGACCCCCUGAAGGUGGCCGGCCCGACGGCGCUGCAGAAACAGCGGGCCAACCUGCGCGCCGCCGUCCAGGAGAUCUGGGCCAACAUCCUGGCGUCGUACAACAGCUUCCCCCUAGAGCUGAGGGAGUGCUUCUACCUGAUCUGUGAGAGGCUGCGCGAGGCCGGAAAAACCGAGCAGCUCGAGAACGUCGUCUCGAGCUGUAUCUUCCUGCGCUUCUUCUGUCCGGCGAUUCUCAGCCCGAGUCUGUUCAACCUCACACAGGAGUAUCCCAACGAGCGGGCGGUGCGCAAUCUGACCCUGGUGGCCAAGACGCUGCAGACGCUGGCCAACUUCACCCAGUUCCAGGGCAAAGAGAACUACAUGGAGUUCCUCAACGACUUCAUCGCCAAGGAGACGCCGGCAAUGCGCACCUUCCUGAUGAAAAUCUCCGGUCCGGCCGGCCGCGACUGCCGACAACAGGAGUGGGACGGCUACGUGGACCUGGGCAAGCAGCUGUCGGUGCUGCACAGCCUGCUGCGCGAGACGGUGCCCAAGGUGACGAACCCGGCGCACCUGGGCGAGCGGCAGCGUCUGGACGCAGUGCUGGCCACGGUGACGGCGGCGCACAGCCAGCCCAACGUGGACCUGGUGUACCACCAGCCGCCGCCGCCGCCGUCCGCCGCGCUGGCGCCGCCGCCCAACUACCUCAGCCUGCAGAGGAACAUCUUCAGGUUUAACGACCGCACGUCGUGUCCGGCGGGCGCGGUGGCGGCGCCCCAGACACCGCCGUCGCCGGCCGCCGGCGGGCCAGAGAAGGCGUCCACGCUGCCGCGCCACCUGUGCCCGCCCGGCUCGCCGCGCCGGCCCGCCGCCGACCUGCAGACCUCCGACGACUACGUGCUGUACAGCGCGCUGCAGCCGGGCCGGCCGGCGCCCGCCGGGGCCGGGGCCGGGGCCGGGGCCGCCGGACCCACCCCCACCCACCACCAGCACUUCCACAACCACUCGAGCGGCCACUACGCCGGCCUGAACAACAACCCGCCGGCGGCCGGGCGGCGGCCGCGCCGGCCCGACGACGAGGUCGGCGACCACUCGUCCGGCGAGCUGGAGCACAACGGCAAGGGCUCGCAGAUCUCCAUCUCCCAGCUGAGCAACGUGGCCUCGAGCGGCUACCAGAGCUUCGCCUACAGCCAGAGCUCGAGUCCAGUGGACCCGGCCAUCAGCGGCCAGCAGCUGCAGCAGCGGCAGCGCCAGCGGCAGCAGCAGCUGCAGCACACGCCGCUCGCCUUCAACAACCCCAUGUACCAGCUGAAGGCCGCCAACGGACAGCUGAGGAACGCCAGGUCGGCCAAGUACUCGCCGAGCAGUUCGCUGAGCUCGUCGCAGAGUAUGGAGGACGUCCAGCUGGUGAUGUCUCCGUCGGUGGUGGCGCCGGCUGAGCGCGCCGCGCCGCCGCGCUCCUCCAGCAGCUCGCCCUCGCCGCCGCGCGAGCGUCGCCACGCGGGCGUGCCGCGCACCAACCCGCGGGCUGCGCCGCCGCCGCCGCCGGCGCCCGGCUCGCCGGAGCCAUACGGCCGGCAGCGCCGCGCCAAGGCCGCCCGGCGCACCUCGACUGAGGUGCUGGCCACCAGGCGGCAGCACGCGUGCGACAGCGACAGCGAGAGCAGUGACGAGGUGCGGCCCGGCCGCGAGACGCGGCUCAAGAGCAAGGCCCGCCGCAGCCGCGUCCCAGAGAAAUCGUUUGAGGAGUACGAGGACGAGAUCCACCAGCUGCACCAGCAGAUGGAGCAACUGCACAGCCGGCUCAACGAGGCGUCCCGCAAGUCGUCCACGGCGCACACGUGUCCGGCGGCGCCCACCCCCGGCCAGGUCACAGAGAUCCUCAACAGGCUGUCGCUGGUGGAGAACGAGCUGCGGAAGGAGCAGAGCCAGCUGACCAGCGUGCUGACACAGAAGGAGCGACUGAUCGAGGCCCAGCACCAACGCAUCCAGGAGCUGAACGCCGCUAACAAUCAGCUGCACAGCGCGCUGGCCUCGCUCCAGGACCGGUCGCUGCCGCUGUGCGCGCCGCGGUCGCCGGCCGUGUCCGGCAGCGGAGCCGCCGUCUCCGACACGUCCGACUACAAGAGCAGCUCGUGCUAGGCCGCCGAGUCGGCCGACCGUUCCCCGUUAGACCAAAGAUGUUGCGCUGCGCGGCGGAGCGCCGCCCGGCGGCCCAGUAUUAUCAGCCGCUGCCGCCGGCCCCUCGGUGUCGCUCGUGUCGCCGGCAAGCAGCCGCCUUCGAGUCAUUAGUUGUUCAGUCACGAGCGCUUUUGUCCACAACGAAUCGCAUCGAUGUUCUCUGUCAUUCGCGCGCCGCCGCCUCGACUAGAGGCGGCCGGUCUGCGUGACCGUUUUGUCCGCUUGUUUGUGUGUGCGUGAGUCGUGUGAGGUUGGUUCGUGUCGCCGUCUGCGCGCGCGCCGGCGCUGCGCUGGAGAGAGUGCGACCUUUGUGAUGUUCUCAUUGUGCAAUGCCCCAUCACGGCGUAUUUAUUCGAGUGUGUUCUGUCGGGCGCCCACGGCGCAGCCGCUGCGCGCGCUGGCCCCGCCGGCCAGCGCUCUAUGAGAGGGCCGCGCGCUGUGCGUGAGGCCCAGCGGUAUGGCCGAGUCUCGGCGGAGCUGCAGUAAUAAACCUGUGUACUCAGUGUGA